ACUCGGUGCCGCUAGUGCUGAAAAUGUCUAUAGAAGAUCAGGUUACGUGACGCCCCAUCUUUAAGCCAGAGUCUGUGCGCCGUUAGCUGGAGAAGAACGAGAAAGGAUAUGUCCCGUGUCCGCAGGAUAUAAGGGUCAACGCAUAUGCUGUGACUAAGGGAAUCCGAACACUCGCAAUUAACUGGCACGUUGCAUUUGCCUGAAGGAUACAAGAUGAUUGAGUCAAUGGAUACCCAGCGUGCCUUGCAGGCGGUGGAGCGGCUCCAGGCGAAGCUAAGGGAGCGUGGGGAGGUACCCACCGAGGAGAAACUCAGCCUGCUCAAGUCUGUUCUCCAGAGCCCGCUGUUCCACCAGAUCCUGGCCCUGCAGAAGUCUGUCCAGCACCUCAAGGACCAGGGAGGUGUCCCAUCCUCUCUUGGAAAUGAGCUGAGCGAGCCCUACACAAUCAAACCCAACGGUGGCCAUCUUGCUUACCCAGAAGUCUCCACUGUCCUGCAGAUCAAUGGAAAACCUUCCCCCGAGGAGUUUGAGCACAUCAUUCGCUCCAUGGCUCAGGGCCGCUACGUGACCCACAUGGAGCUGUUGAAGCCGGUGUCAGGGGGGCUGGGUUUCAGUGUGGUGGGCCUGAGGAGUGAGAACCGGGGAGAGCUGGGGAUCUUUGUCCAGGAGAUCCAGCCUGGCAGCGUGGCUCACUGCGACGGGAAGCUGAAGGAGGCGGACCAGAUCUUGGCCAUCAACGGCCAGCCCCUAGACCUGACGGUGACCCACCAGCAGGCUAUAGGCAUCCUGCAGCGGGCCUCGGCCAGCGUCCAGCUGACCGUGGCCAGGGGCCCCAUCCCCCAGCUGGCCAGCCCCGUGGUGUCCAGGACCCCCUCGGCCGCCAGCACCCUGUCGGCUCACUCUAGCGCCGCCUUCUGGCAACACGUGGAGACCAUCGAACUGGUCAACGACGGCACAGGCCUGGGGUUCGGCAUCGUGGGAGGAAAGACCACCGGGGUCAUCGUCAAAACCAUCCUGCCCGGAGGAAUCGCUGACCAGGACGGCCGCCUGCGCAGCGGGGACCACAUCCUGAAGAUCGGGGACACGGAGCUGCUGGGGAUGGGCAGCGAGCAGGUGGCCCAGGUCCUGCGGCUGUGUGGCAACCGGGUGAAGCUGGUCAUCACCAGGGGGCCCUCCGACGACCCGGCGGCGCCCGUGGCGCUGCCCACGCUCGCCGAGCAACAGGGCUAUGAGGAAGAGGAGGACGAUGCUUUUGAUGUGGAGCUGACCAAGAACGCCCAGGGCUUGGGGAUUACCAUCGCCGGCUAUGUGGGGGAUAAGAACUCUGAGCCGUCUGGUAUCUUUGUGAAGAGCAUAACUAAAGACAGUGCCGUAGAGCAGGAUGGAAGGAUUCACGUUGGAGACCAGAUCAUAGCUGUGGACGGGAUGAACAUCCAGGGCUUCACCAACCAGCAGGCCGUGGAGGUGCUGCGUCACACGGGCCAGACUGUGCUCCUGAAGCUGGUGAGGCGGGGCUUCCGGCCGGAGGAGAUCCCCCCAGCCAUGGCCCCCAGCGCCAUGGUCCUCCCAUCCGCCGUGGCCCUCCCAUCCGCCAUGGCCCCCAGCGCCCUGGUCCUACCCCCAGCCAUGGCCCCCAGCACCCUGGUCCUUCCCCCCGCCCCCGAGGCCAGGGACCUCACUCUGGAGAGGGUGAACGCGGAGAUCGCUCAAGAGGAGAAGCAGUUCCAGGCGAGCAGUGGAGGAUCUCAUGCUGUCCUGCCCAAGGAUCAGCUGAUAGAAGACAGAGACGGAGUCAAGCUCACAGCGGAGGAAGAGGAGGAGCUGAUGAACAAAUGGCAGAACAUUCUGGGCCCCAGCAAUGAAGUAGUUGUGGCCCAGGUGGAGAAGUUCAGUGAGAGCAGUGGGCUGGGCGUGAGCCUGGAGGCCAGCGCUGGACACCACUACAUCCGCUCCGUGCUGCCCGAGGGCCCCGUAGGCCGCUGUGGGAAGCUCUUCAGCGGGGACGAACUGCUCGAGGUCAACGGGAUCUCUCUGAUUGGCGAGACCCACAAGGAAGUGAUCAGCAUUCUGAAGGAGCUUCCUGUUCGUGUUUACAUGGCCUGCUGCAGGCCAGCCCCUCUCUUGCAGAGUGACAUUGACUCUGGACAAUCGGGACUGGAGGCCCUGCCCACGGAACCUAGCAUAGAGAUGCAAGGAGACCCCGUCGGCUUUCUGGUUCCCGGAGAUUCCGAGGGGUUGGAGGCGGCGGAGGCAGGGGACAGACAUGUGACGACGGAGGAGCCGCUGGGAUCUCCUCUGGCCAUGUGGGAGACGGAGAUACAGGACAUUGAGCUGGAGAAGGGCGAGGACGGACUGGGAUUCAGCAUCCUGGACUACCAGGACCCGACGGAUCCGGCUAAGACGGUGAUCGUGAUUCGCUCGUUGGUGCCAGUGGGGGUGGCGGAGAUUGACGGCAGGCUGUUGCCGGGAGACCGGCUCAUGUUCGUCAACAGCACCAACCUGGAGAACGCAAGUCUGGAGGACGCCGUCCAGGCACUGAAAGGGGCCGACAUCGGCAAGGUCCGAAUAGGAGUGGCCAAGCCGUUGCCAUCCUACGAUGAAGAGGACAGUCCAUCGUCAUCCUCGGCCAUGCGUGCUCUUAUCUUUGCCACUUUGCUAGUGAAAGAGAGGGAGGAGUCAGCUGACAGCUUCCUCUUCCGAGCAGAGCCGGCAUUGAUUGACUCCAACGAUGUGGACUUGUCCGAAGACAGAGUGUUUGAGCAUCGCUUCUCGGGAGAGGAAGACGACACAUACCAGGCGUCCAUGAUUGCCCUCCAUGGAAGCACCUGCAGCUCUGACCCAGACUACCAGAUCACCCUGCACUCCUCCACGCCCAAGCGAACGACUCGUCUGGGUUUGUCGGACGAGCGUCCUUCCUUCGCGACCGUGUCCGAGGUCGGCGACGACACCGAGGCCUUCUCCCUCGAGGAGAAGCCGAUCGCCUUUCCUUCGCCGCCCAGCUGCACGGGAGGUCACGCCGGUGCCGCGCCGCUCGCCGAAUCAGAUCUCUGCCCGGGGAUUCUUUCAGGACGACUGGCACCCGCGGAUUUGUCAAUCUCGUGCAGUCCAGAUUCCAGGCCCAGUUCUAAUCUUAUACCGGAGGCAACGGCGUCUCUCCAUUUUCAGAUGGAGACCACCAUUUCUAUCGGGGACAUUGGAGAGAUACGCGUUUUAAUGAAGGGAGAAGGGCCUUGUGCUAAAGAGUCUACGGAGGAUGCUGACAAGGAAGAGCCAACCUCUGGGAGCAAUUUUGAAAGGACUAUCACUGUUGUCAAGGGCAACUCCAGUCUUGGGAUGACGGUAAGUGCCUUGAAGGACGGUAUGGGGAUGCUCAUCCGAAGCAUCAUCCACGGGGGCUCCAUCAGCCGCGAUGGCCGCCUGGGGGUGGGAGACCUCAUCCUGGCCAUCAACGGGGAGCCCACUGCUCACAUGACCAAUGCCCAGGCUCGCGCCAUGCUGCGAAGACACUCCCUCAUCGGGCCAGACCUGGGAUCGACCUGUGCACCCGAGGACGAUCUGUGCCCGUUUUAUGUCAUUACCUACGUUCCUGCUGAGUAUCUGGAGGAGUACAAAGCGAGCCUGGAGCAACCUAAAGAGGAUGUGUUUUUGGACCCAUCCCGGGCCUCAAGGAGAGCUGCCUCUGAGCUCCCAGAGAGAGAGGAUGGAGAGGGAGAGGAGAGUGAGCUCCAGAGCUCCUACACCAACUGGAACCAGCCCAGGAAAGUGGAGCUCCUGCGAGAGGUGGGUAAGUCUCUGGGCAUCAGCAUCGUGGGCGGCCGGGGAAUGGGCAGCCGUCUGAGCAACGGAGAGGUGAUGAGGGGCAUCUUCAUCAAGCACAUCCUGGAGGACAGCCCCGCCGGGCAGAACGGAACCCUGAAGACCGGCGACCGGAUCUUGGAGGUGGACGGGGUGGACCUGAGGGACGCCAGCCAUGAGCAGGCAGUGGAGGCCAUCCGCAGGGCAGCCAACCCCGUGGUGUUCCUGGUCCAGAGCAUCAUCCACCGGGCCAGAUCAUCAGCAACGAACACCAAUGAGGAGAGAGCUGCCGCAGCGGCCAAAGCCAAUAGCGAAAAGGAGGUUGAGAGUCACAGUAGACUUUUCCUCCGUCUCUCCCCAACUAAUCCCUUCACCCCUACUCCGUUUAAGAUCCCCAACAGAGAGCAUGGGAAGGUGUCCCCCCCCACCCCUGUCCUCUCCCUCCCUGUGGUUCCUCACGUGGGAGAGACGGACACCGACACGCUGACAGAGAUCCCAGACAGAGUCCCCCGGGAGGAGGAGGAAGAGGAGGAGGACGAGUUUGGCUACAGCUGGCAGAAGAUCCACCAGCGCUACGGAGGCCUCCCAGGCUCCCUCCAGGUGAUGGAGCUGGAGAAGGGCAGGGCCGGCCUGGGGCUCAGCCUGGCGGGCAACCGCGACCGCGCCCGCAUGAGCGUGUUCGUGGUGGGGAUCGACCCGGGCGGGGCCGCGGGGAGGGACGGGCGCAUGAUGGUCGGUGACGAGCUGCUGGAGAUCAACGGACAGAUCCUGUACGGGCGGAGCCACCAAAACGCCUCGUCCAUCAUUAAAAGCGUUCCGUCGAAGGUCAAAAUCAUCUUUAUCAGGAACACGGAUGCUCUGGAGCAGAUGGCCGUGGGACCCAUGAGGGAGUAUGGAGACAUGCAGGAGCCCCACGCAGAGCUGGAAACAUGUGCUUCCAAUCCCCCCGCCGCACUUGACCCGGACGCGUUCAGAAACGUUCAGCACGUCGUCCUGUCCGAGGUGGAGGGUGAACUUGGCAUCACCUUCUGUGUGGAAGAUUCUAGCAGAGGACUGGUGAUUCAGAGCAUCUCUCAAAGUGGACCAGUCGGGAAGGAUGGCAGCUUAAAGGCAGGGGAUAAACUCCUUGCGGUGGACGACAAACCUAUACUGGGCUACUCCACAGACAUGGUCCACUACCUGUUGAGGAAGAGCCAAGGCCGGGUGAAGCUGACAGUCUGCGAGGACGACUUGUCGCUCCCCCUCCCUCCCUCGAUCUCCGGCAGCCACGCCUCAGACAUACCCGCCGCCGGCCUACCCAUCAUGCCUAGCAUCGCCAUGGUCCCAGCGACGGAGCAGCCUGAGGAAGAGCCAAUCGGCAGCUCCAGCCGCCCAUCCACCCCUGACACACUGGACUCAGACCCGGUCACCUGUCCCAUCAUACCUGGCUGCGAGACCACCAUCGACAUCUCCAAGGGCCGCACUGGCCUGGGGCUCAGCAUCGUGGGCGGCUGUGACACUCUGCUGGGUGCCAUCAUCAUCCAUGAGGUGUACGAGGAGGGAGCCGCCUCCAAGGAUGGACGUCUAUGGGCUGGAGAUCAGAUCCUGGAGGUGAACGGCAUCGACCUCCGCGUGGCGACCCACGAUGAGGCCAUCAACGUGCUCCGUCAGACGCCCCCGCGGGUGCGCCUGUCCGUGUACCGGGACGAGGCGCAGUACAGGGAGGAGGACAUGUGGGACUCCUUCUCCCUGGAGCUCCUCAAGAAGCCUGGCCAGGGGCUGGGGCUCAGCAUCGUGGGGAGGAGGAGCGACACGGGGGUGUUUGUGUCGGACAUCGUGAAGGGGGGUGCGGUGGACAGGGACGGCAGGCUGAUGCAGGGAGACCAGUUCCUGGCGGUCAACGGCAAGGACGUCCGCUCCGCCACCCAGGAGGCUGUGGCCGCGCUGCUCAAGUGCUGCGCGGGGCCCAUAAAGCUGGAUGUGGGCCGCUUCAAAGCCGGGCCCUUCCACUCUGAAAGGAGGAUGUCUCAGAGCAGUCAGAUGAGUGAAGGCAGCUACAAGGCGAGCCAUGCCUCCCUGUCAGGUUCCGGAAACCUCCAUGGAGAUCUGGAUAACCGCAGCAGGAGCCAGGACUCACUGGAUCGUCAGGACGUCAGGGCGGUGGAGUUUACCAAGGGCCCCACUGACUCUCUGGGCAUCAGUAUAGCGGGCGGCAUGGGCAGCCCUCUGGGCGACGUGCCCAUCUUCAUCGCCAUGAUGAACCCCACCGGCCUGGCCGCGCAGACACAGAAGCUCAAGAUAGGGGACAGGAUCGUGAGUAUCUGCGGGACUCCGGCUGAGGGCAUCAGCCAUACGCAGGCAGUGACCCUGCUGAAGAACGCCACAGGAACCAUCGAGCUGCAGGUGGUAGCAGGGGGGGAUACCUCCGUGACAGGACCUCCACAGGAGCAUGCAGCUGCUGGUCUCUCUGUCCCUGGUCUCACUCCAAGCACCAUCUUCCAGGAUGACUUAGGUCCCCCCCAGUACAAGAGCAUCACCCUGGAGCGAGGUCCAGAUGGUCUGGGGUUCAGCAUCGUGGGAGGGUUUGGAAGCCCUCACGGAGACCUGCCCAUAUAUGUGAAAACCGUGUUUGGAAAGGGGGCAGCAUCAGAGGACGGCCGUCUGAAGAGAGGAGAUCAAAUCAUGGCUGUCAACGGUCAGAGUCUGGACGGGGUCACCCACGAGGAGGCCGUGGGCAUUCUGAAGAGGACGAAAGGAUCCGUCACCCUCACUGUGCUCUCGUAGACACACACAAACACACACAAGAGCCAUAAAACCAUUCCACUAUUCUCACCUUGCAUCUAUGCACACAUACAUGAGAAAAUGCAGACUGUUGGCACACACACAAAGACAUAUUCGCGCAAACACAUCGAAGGUAGACUGUUCCCACACACACAAACACAUUCACACAAACACAUCAGAACGCAAAAACAAAACAAAUGGAAUACAACGCACACCGACAUAUCUUCCUAAUUAGCUUGUUUUUGUUCCUUUUUCUAGCGUCGAACACUGUGAUCCACAUUUGUAUCCAAGCUAACUUGCUGCAGGUAGACUGAGGUAUUCACUGGACACUGUGGCUCUGAUCUUUUCUUCUGUAGUUUUCUAUGCUCGGGUGUACAAGCUGUAUUAUUGCUACUAUAAAAGAAAGGGGUUCAACGGCCCUCUUGCGCAACACCAGAGAAUCUUGCUAGAUAAAAUACGAUCUUUAAGCCUGACGCUACUGUUACUACUGUCACAUCACUUGGAUAGUGAAGCAACUGCUGUUUUAACAAACACACAAAGAAGGCGAGAUACAAUGGACGCUUGUAAAUGUAGAAGUGUAGACCUUUCUUGUAUGGAAUGAUGUGAUUCCGUGAUGCAGAACACCUCGUCUGAAGGGAAAAACAUUGGAUAUUACCGAUAUCUUGGUCUGAGGAAUGUGAGAGCGAGACUUGUGUGAGUCUGUUUGUGAGCUCGAGCUCACUGAGAGAUAAAAGGAGAACGUGUGCAUGAGAUGCCCACUGACAUAUAGUGCUGCUGCGGCAGAUGACGUGAGGUAUUAUGUAACAGUAUUUGGAUUCUAAAAAAGUAUUACCUAUUUUUGUCUUGAUUUCCUGUCGUUAAAAUAUAGUCUAUCAUUCGAGGCGUAGAAAGCCCACCAGCUGUCUCUCACAGGACAGGGAAUUCUUCCCGACCAUGGUAAAAAGCCAUUAACUUCGGUUUAGAGGACUUCCUCAUCUGGUCACUGGUUCAGGAAGAAAACCUAGCCCUCCACUGUGUAAUGUGUUAAAGGCAGAUACUCUUUAGUUGCACAAAAAUGGAAAGACACCAUGCUUAGUAUUGUACUGGACCUAGUGCGUUCAACACGGUAUUGAGGUGCUCACUGUCUGAAUUAUUAAAAGUGACCUUCAAACUCAAAGCUAUUGACUUG